GCUGCUGCUGCUGCUGUGCUACAAUGGCUAGAAAGGCAUCUUGUCCUCCUCCACCACUUCCUCCUCUUUUAUUAGCUCCAGACCAGUCUUUAUUGCCAUCUCCAACUUUACUUCGGUCCCCAAAGGGACCCUCAUUCAAGCCAUUGUUUUGGAAAAAAGUAGUCCCUUCCUCUAAUAAGACAAUAUGGCAACAAGUAUCUGAGCAGCAGAAACAUGUUAAUUUCAAUGAAGAGGUGUUCCAAAAGCUGUUCCAAAAGAAAGCUGACCCAACAGUUAGGAGGUCUCGAUCACUUUCACCCGGAAGAUCUCCUUGUAGAGUACUGAAUGACAAGAGGUUUCAGGCACUUCAAAUCCUUAUGAAAAAUAUUUCAUUGGAUGAAGUUUAUAAAAUCAUGGAGUCAUGUAAAAAUUUGAAAAAAUGCUCAUUAGAUAUUGAUACUCUAGCUAGAGUAACUAAUAUGAUCACAUCAAAUGAACUAAAAAAACUCAGGUCUUGCCCUGCUGACUGUCUUGAGCAACCUGAAAGAUUUUUACUUAAAUUAUUUGCAAUUGAGAAUUUUUAUGAAAAGGUGACAUGUUUGCAGCAUCAUUCACACUUUCAAGAAAAUUUUCAACCAUUAAGGCAACAAAUACAUACUCUUGAUAGUGCUUAUAAGUUGCUUUGUAGACCACAUGAUAAAUUGUGUCAAGUGCUAGCCUUGGUAUUGUUGUUGGGCAACAAAAUGAAUGCUGACAGUUCAAGCAGAAGUAAUGCUUUAGGGUUUAAACUGGAUAUACUCACUGAGCUCAAAGAUGUCCGCAGUUGUGAUGGCUCGUCAAAUCUUCUGAAAUUCAUUGUUCAGAGCUAUGUAGAUUCUCAUCCAGAGAUAAGUGGGAAUGAUUACCCUGUACCAGUUCCUAAUCUACUUAUGCCAGCAGCUUCUGUUACAUAUCCAGAUCUCAAAUCAAAGUACAAGACACUUUUAUCAGAAAUUGAAGCAUGCAAAAAAAUUUGCAUGCAAAUAUCUAAUAAAGAUCCUUUUCAAAAAGAAAUAUCUGCUUUUGUUGAUGAAAGUUCUAAAGAUUUAAAAUGUGUUCAUGAUGAAUUGAAUGAGGCUGAAAGCCUUUUCAAAGAAGUUGUUCGCUUUUAUGGUCUAGAUAAAACAGAGUCUAUCAGUUCUCAGGAAUUCCUUCAGAUAUGGCUCUCAUUUAGUCAAACAUUUUAUAGCUACUGGGAACAUGCUUUUGCUAACAGGAGAAAAAUACUUUAAUCUUUACCUUGUUGUAAUUUAAGAUGCUGAUAAUGAAUCUAAUUAUGAGUGUUUGUAUGUUUAUGCUUGCAUGCUGUGUGGUCCAUUGAUAUGAAUGUA